CUGACGCAAAGGAGGAUGUUGAAGUUCCGUGUGGACAGGAGAGUCGGUCAACAUGACCAGAGUGGACCAGCUGGACCGGCAGUGAGCAAGUUCCAGCUGGAAGAGCAAACAACAAUACACUCCAAUCUCCAGCACGGUGCUUUGGAGAUGAAUGGGAAGGUAAAUAAUCCUUCUGAGAGAAUCACCCACUCCAAAAGUGCCAACAUGGUUUCAGACCUGUCCACAGAAACCCAACCCUACACUCGGACGUCUCGUACUCCCAGAACAGCAGCUACGUUUGGGAAGCGCUCCAACUCCAUGCGCAGGAAUCCCAAAGCAGAGGUCACCAAGCACGGAUGGCUGCACAAGCAGGCCAGCAGUGGAGUAAAGCAGUGGAACAAGAGGUGGUUUGUCCUCACUGACAGAUGUCUCUUCUACUAUAAAGAUGAGAAGGAGGACACGGUGCUAGGAAGUUUGCCGUUGCUUAGUUUCCAGAUCAAAGGAGUGGAGCCUUCGGAUAACAUCACCCGCAAGUUUGCCUUUAAGGUGAGGUUGGAGAAGGAGCCGGCCGAGGAUGCAGAGUUGAAGGAUCCUCUUGUGUUUUGCAUGCAGGCACAGCACGCUGGGACCAGGACAUACUACUUCAGUGCAGAUAGCCAUGAGGAACAGAAGGAGUGGAUUAAAGCCAUGAACGAAGCUGCAGAGGUCAACAUUCAGCAAACACAGAGAAUGAAUACUAUAGAAGAUCCCAACCACACCAUGGCGACCAAGGCAACUAACCAACAAACACAGCAACCUCCUCACACACAAAGACACUGUGACACUGACAUUGAAAACACCCCCCACCCUAAGAUCAACGUGCUCAACAGCCCGGAGACCCCUACACCCUCCACCCCCUGCUCCAAACAAGCAGGAAAAAACACAGAUGGAAGAAAAGGAGAAGGGGAAGUUGAAGGGGAAGGACCUGUUCCUGACAAUGCCUCUCACCCAAGCCACCAUCCAAAUGGGUGGGGCAGCAAUGGCCUUCGUAACGCAAUGCCCCUCAACAGCAAUAACAAGCCCCCUGCAUCCAGGAGUCACAGUCAACAUUGUGCCCCCCAGGGACACCCAGGAGGGGGUGUUAGCCCAUCAUAUGAUCCCACGGAGCAGCAGGAUAACGUGGUGCUGAGGAGAGGAUUUGUGCCCAGGACUGCUCCAGAGAGGGUUGCCCAGAGGAAGACCUCCAUGGUCCAGUUGCAACAAUGGGUCAACCACCGGCGGACAAUGGCCUCCCAGGAAGACAUCCACAGCCUUUCUAGUUACUACCCAGUGAACCACGGCGUAUUGGAUGACUACUUUGGCUACCCAGGUGGACCCCCGUACAUGGAGGAGUACCCUCUUUAUCCGCCAGGAAUGCGACCUGACAGUAUCUGCUCUGUCUCUGCUUUGGGGGGAUACAACCGGCGCUGGACCUUUGAGGAAAAGCGUCACUCACUGAGAGACCGAUCCCAGCUGUAUGGAUCUACGAUGCCCAGGGACCAAUGGGCGCCCACAUACUGUGGUGGAAUGGAAACAUCAAUGAGACGUCUGUCCAUCCAGCCACGCUCCAGGUCUGUGCCCAGGUCACCAUCGUUAUCAUCAGGGGGGCCCUACUCUCCAGUACCCCACAACUUUGCCUCGCCGGCUCGAUCCACAUCUGGCUGCUUCAAUCGGUUUCCAGGGAGGAUGAGGGAGGAUGUGAUCUAUGCGGAUCCAUCAGUCUACAGCCUGAGGAGAUCCCUCAGCCCACCAAAGUAUGACUGCCCCGGUUAUAGGAGGUCCUUAAGCCAAGGAUUAUACAACUACAACUAUCCUGUAACCCCUUCCAUCCGCAAUAAAAUGACACAGGAGGACAUAUUGGACCUUCAGCUCCAGCGCAACCUGGAUUAUUUAGACCAACAAGUGCCUCCUUUUUAUGAAGUCUUCAGCAGAGAGUUGCAUCCUACACUCAAGCUCAAUGAAAUCGAAACCAGUAAACUCUUGAGUCGACUGUGUGAACAGAAUGGAAUUUGGAAAGAACAUGAAGCUGUUGUCCACAGACUGCGAAUGGAGAAGGACAGCCUUGAAGAAGCACUUGUGAUCACUCAUCAGGAGCUGGAGCUGUUCCACACCCAACCGUUGGCUCUGGACAAACUGCGGUUGAAAAAGGACACUCUGCAAAACCAGCUGGUCAACAUCAGAGGACAGCUCUCCCAGGCCUCUAGUGCUUUAACCACCAGUCGUAUGGAGUUUGAAGCAUUAGAGGAUGAGGCCAACGCCAUUCAUGGAGACCUGUGGGAGCAGCUUAAUGCAGGAGGACAGAGUGAACUGGUCCAUAGGCACAUCCAAAAAGAGUUUUGGAGAGUCCAGGAUGUAUUGGAGGGACUGCACAAGAAUAACUCAUCCAGAGGCACUGACACAGCCAAGCAUAAAGUGGCCAGCGGUGCAUCAGGCUCCUUUAGUACCAAUAGUCCAGCCAGUCCCCUGAGCUCAGUAAGCUUCACCAGCCCACUCAGCCCCUUCUCCCCAGUGCCCGGCUCCCAGGUCUCCCCCACCAAACAGCUGGGCCCGGAGGAAAGUGUUCCCCCAAGGCCUCCGCUCCCCAAAUCCUAUCACCCUUUGGAGCCCUCCCUUACCUUCCCUCCCUCUAUCCCGCCCCUGCCCUUUGACAGCACUGCCUGGCUACGCAGCUUGGGCAUCGAUGAUGGUUACCUUGAUGGUGAAGAUUCUCAAAACAGAAAGUCCGGGUUUGCAGAACAGAACAUCAGUGAUGUGCAGGACCAGAGUCAGGAUAGACAAUCCACCAUGAACAAAGUUGGCAUUGUCCCUCCUAGGACGAAGUCCCCCACCGACAAAUCACACAGCAGCUCUACUGGAGAUACGGUCCAUAAUGGCAGAUGUACUAAUGGAAUUCUUAGGGAGCGUCCAAAGAGUGCAGUGUUUCCUGCUGAGCUGAAGUCAAAGAUGAGUGUGGAGGAGCAGAACGAGCGAAUCCGACGGCACCAGAGCAGCUCUGUGAGGGACAAGAGGCGGAGUCUAAACCUCUCAGGUGGCCAGUCCCCAGCAAACUACAAAGUGAUUCGUAGGCGGCUGACAGCUCACGAGAUUGACAUUAAUGACUUGGAGGCAGCAGUUCGAGGACAGGGGCAGGAGUCGCCACGGGAAGAAAUUGCCCGACUUCGACGGUUGAGGAUUGAACCAGAAGCCCACAACCUGGGCAGCAGCAAAGAGCUGGUGACCAGCAACAAGGUGGUGAUCCCGGAGCGUUACAUGGAUGUGGAGGAAUACGCCCCUCUUAGUCCUGAGGAACAGAAGGAGAAGCAGAAGAAACUUGUGCGGAUCAAGACCCUCAUUGCAAAAUCAAAUUUGCAGAACAUGGUUCCUUUGCUGGACGGGCCCGGUGGAGGGGGAGCUCCAGUCAAUUCGCAGCAGCAGAUGCAGGAGCAAGAGAAGCGUAUGGAGAUCUCAUGUGCUCUGGCGGCUGAGGCCUCUCGUCGCAGCCGUCUUUUCUCCGCCCAGUGCGCCCCCAGUCCCCCCUCCUCCCCCAGCAGCCCGGACCCUCCGCCUUCCUCUGCUGACUUCCCAAACUCAGCCCACGUCCUGAAGUCUUGAGUCACACAGGCUCAAGUUCCAUCUGCUGUUCAUUUGAUGGAUCAUCUUUCUGAGGAUUAACUGACGUAAUCAAACGAUGAUGAUGGCAAGGGAAGAAAGAUUGACUUUUUCCAGCAACUAAACUACACUUCACCACAACGCUUUAAAGGCAGUCAAAGGAUCUUCCAGGGCUAAAACGUUAAUUGAAGCUAUAAAGACAAAUUUCAUCCACCAAAACUCCCGUACGUCUACUCAUGGCAGUCUCCUGCUACGAGUGGCACAUUGGCAAAAAGGAAGAAUUAAGGAGUAUUUCCACUUAAUUUUGCUCGGCACAUCAUCAACAAAGCUGAGCAUUGUUGAUGAUAGUGCCAUAUUCUGUACAUUGCGAUGUUAAGAGAAAGAAGAACGAGUCACUGUGGUAAAACCUAUAGAGAGAAUCUGGUCAUUAUCUUCUAAUCUCCAAUUAAAUCUUGACCGAUAUGACGUGUGGCCAAGUGAGUAGUGGACCCUUUGACAAGUAAGCAUAAAAAGAUUGAAGACGCAUCCUCUAAGCUGAGGACGGUCCUUCUUAGCUCACUGUGAUGCCUGUUUCACCACCACCUCCACCCUCACACUACCCUGGUCCCAGGAAGCUCGUCUGGUAUCGAUACCACUCAUACGACAUCAUCAGCAUAACAUACAAACAUUAUGUCAACUGGAUUGAGUUUUGCAUCAAAGCGUCUCUCACACCAAACACAGAGUUUAUUGUGUCGCUGAGUCAGAGCAUCGCACGAACCAGGGCCUAAUUUCACAAAGCAGAAUAUUACAACAUUGCGUCCUACUUCAGCUUCAGAGUACUCGCUUUAUCAUCACCCCAUCUGCUGUCAUACUCAAGGUCUUUACUUUUAUUGUAAUGCGUGUUGGCAUGCUUGAUGUAACUUUUCGGAUUGUGUUGAGGAAAUGUAUGUCACAAGGACCUUGCACAGAAAGCAUUGAUCCUUUGGAUGGAUCUUAAAGCCUUUGCCUGCUGUGAAUGCUGCCGUGCCUGUCGUUCAUCAGUUCACUGUAUUUUGUGGUGAAAUCUCUUCAUUUGCCAGAAAACAUGAAGAAAAAUUAGGGCUGUGCCAGAACUCGCUCUGUUGCUCAAGCAGAACUCUCUGUGGAGAUGAGAUCCGACACUUCUUUCUGAUGGAUUAUGGUGUUUUGAUCAGCAUAGUAUCGUUUCACAUUAAAACAGACACCAUUUAGGUGGAUUGACCUGAUGUCUGUCUGGUUUGGUUCAAUCUUCAGCUGUGAGACAGGAAGUGACACUCUUCUCUCUAAUAUUGUGUUACUGCAGUGGAUGAUGAACUAAGGUCUACCAAGUGUAAAAUGUAACAAUAGAUGAUUCAAAGAAACAGCAAGCAGCAGCACAACCCUCUGCCCGACAACAUACUGAAGAACAAAGGAGGGACGUAAACUGCUCAAAGACGAGGUGCAUGCGAGUUCAGAAGCCUUGUCAGAUAAUCAGCUUGUCCUCAUGGCAACUACGUUAUGGCUGAAGACCUUUUUUAGACAAAGAUAUCGGCUAUCUGGUGGUGAAAGAAAGACAACGUUAGCUCAAGCUACCAGUAGGAAACCAGAUGAGGGUUUUGUUGAAGGCACCCGUGACCUCAACACCAUUGCUGUACAUUGCUCUACAUGACCUAUAUCUAUGGCCCGUGAUAUGCAUAAGAGUGUAACUCACCCUGCAUCCUAUAGGGGAACAUGCACCUCAGCAUUACAUUCUGUGUGCAGCUCCCCCACAGAUUGUCUGCAUUUAUAUAUAUAUAUAUAUAUAUAUAUAUAAAUUUAUACCAGCUCUUCUAAUCUCACUUUCCAUAUGCAAUAACUGCAAUGAACGAUAUAUAUAUAUAGAUAUAGAUCUAUGUCUAUAUAUAACAAAAUCUGUUGUUUGUGUGCAGAGGGUUAUGAUGCGGUCUUAUAUAUCAACAUUUCAUCCAGUCAUGCAUUGCCAUUGAGAGAGAGGGUUUUUUCAUGUGUUGUGAUGAUAAUAGCUUACGAAGGAGUUAAAAGCAACAUGUCUGCACAUAGUGGUUGUCUGACUUUAAAAUGGCCAACCUUGAAUAAUGAAAUGAAUGCAUUAUUUCACAAUCAUGCACACAAAUGCAUCAAAUACACGAUUGUGAAAUAACACAUUUAUAUUAAAACACUGCCCAUUAUUGAUUAUGUAUUCAUUCUUAUUUUCAUGCUGACACUUUCUGUUUAUAUAUGGUAAAAAAAAAUGUAUGUUACAUUUUGUUUCAUCAUUGAUGCAUUGGAAAUGGUGGUCUAUCUUCAAAUGUCACACCCCCCCCCCCCCCCUUUGUUGUGUGUAUAAUAUAUAGAUUUAUUUUUGCUCUUACACUCUUCAAUGUUGGAGUGACCUGCCUUUGUAGGAAUGUGUUGUACGUCCAUCGUCAGAGAAAGUACAACACAGAAUUUAACUGAAAAUUAGUAAACAAAUCUUACUACAAUGAAUUAUGACAAGAUUUCUUUUCGUCUUCUUGUUUUGAGUAUCUUUUUGAAAGGGUCUACAAUAGAGACAGUUCAUAUUUUUUUAGAUGCAUUCAUAUUCAAUGACAAUUUUACACUCAAAUACGUUAUACGUAGAAUUUUCCAGAAAAAACUUUUUUUCAUGCUCUUGAUGAUUGUUAGAUGAUAUUUUUGAAUUAACUGGUAUCUUGUGUGUUAAUAAAUGAAAGCCAAACAGUGGUGUCCAAUAUUUGAUACUCGAUGUAGCAUUUGUGAAAGAUGGAAAUAAAGAAUAUAUAGAUAAUAUAAAUUUGUCAUGUAUAAAAUAUUUUUAUUUAAUUUACAGCAUAUCCUGCUAUCACAUAUAACCAUUGCCAUUUUGGGGGAAACUGCUUGAACUAUGCAAAUAAUAGAAAAUGGACAUAUGAAAAUGCUUGCUUUCAGAAAACCUUGCAAUAAAGGAAAUGUAUACUUGUGAUAACGUGUUUCUCUAGAUGAAUUAAUCACAGUAUUUUAUAAGAUAGAACAUGUCUGUAUCAAUGAUCUAGUCACUGCUCUAAUUUUGUGUUAAUUUUAAAAUUCAAUCCCAAAAAGACUACUGACAUAAAUUAGGCUCUGUGAUGAUAUUCUACAGUCUUUGUAAUAUCAAACUGUAUGUCUGAAUGAAUAAAGUGAAAAAAUAAA